GGGGGGGGAGGGGAGGCCCCAGGCGACCGCCCCCCGCCUCACAGCUGGGACCGGACUCUCCCGCCACAGAUGUGGCGCCGCCGCCGCGGGAGCCCCGCAGUACUGGUCCCAGAGCCUGAGGGGUUCAAAGUCGUGGACUCGGGAGUCGCGAGUGUGCACCGCGCCCUGAGACCCCGAAGCGCAGGCUAAAGGAGCCCAGAUAUCCAGGUGCCCAGCGCCCCCUCCUGGAGGAGCCGGCAGUCCGGGACCUCAGACCGGCGCGAUCCAGGAGGCCGAGCUUCCCGCACCCCGGUUUAAAGAACUUCGGAUCCUGGACCGGUGAUUUCCCCCAGGGGUUCCCAGACACCCGAGCCCAGACAUCCGAACUUGGCACACGGACUCCUAGCGCCCCAGCCAGUCUGGGGCUGAAACGCCCACUACUUCAAGGGGACCCAGGAAUUUGGGACCCCGGCCUGGAGAUGGUUUAACCUCUGCUCCUGGAGUUGGGAGAACUCGGGAAUCCGGUCGCCCCACGGCCCUACCUAGAAGACUCAGGAAUUUGGGUCCGCAGCGCCCCGUGCGAGACCCAAGAGUCGGGACCCCCAGCAUCCCUCGCUUAGAGGACCGAGCAGUUCGGACCGCUGCAUCCCACUCUCUGAGAGGCCCCGGAUUCUGGUCCCCGGAGCCUGAGAACCCGAAGUGCGCGCCCCUGACUCGCGGAGACCGGGGAGUCCGGCCUUGCGCCUCCCCGGGGACCGUGCUGGGGUCGAAUAAGCAGCGAGCAGCCUCGGCUCGGGGCUGGAGGCUCCCUGGGAGAAGGGGGUCUUCCUGCUGCAGCCGCUGAGCCUCUCAGCCAUGCCCGAGGGAGCCCGGGGACCCAGCCUGUCCAAACCCAGCCCUGGCCUUGGCCGCGGCCCCACAGGUGAAGUGUGCAACUGUGCAGCUGUGUGUGAGACCCAGACAGCAGCCCCUGCAACCCCGGCCAUGGCCUCCCCCCGAGGUUCUGGGAGCUCCACAUCCCUCAGCACUGUGGGCUCCGAGGGGGACCCGGCUCCGGGGCCCACCCCAGCUUGCUCAGUGUCCAGGCCAGAGCCCCUUCCAGGGCCUCCCAUCCGCCUGCAUCUGUCACCUGUGGGCACCCCGGGUUCGGCCAAACCCUCGAGGCUGGAGCGAGUGGCGCGAGAGAUCGUGGAGACAGAGCGGGCCUAUGUCCGGGACCUUCGCAGCAUCGUGGAGGACUACCUGGGCCCUCUGUUGGACGGUGGGGUCCUGGGGCUGAGCGCGGAGCAGGUGGGCAUACUAUUUGCCAACAUCGAGGACAUCUACGAGUUCAGCAGUGAGCUCCUGGAGGACCUAGAGGGCAGCCCCAGCGCAGGGGGCAUUGCCGAGUGCUUUGUGCAGAGGAGUGAGGAUUUUGACAUCUACACGUUGUACUGCAUGAACUACCCGAGCUCCCUAGCCCUGCUCCGGGAGCUGUCGCUGUCCCCGCCCGCAGCCCUGUGGUUGCAGGAGCGCCAGGCCCAGCUCCACCACUCGCUGCCCCUGCAGAGCUUCCUGCUCAAACCUGUUCAGCGGAUCCUCAAGUACCACCUGCUGCUGCAGGAGCUUGGCAAGCACUGGGCGGAGGGCCCGGGCGCCGGGGGCCGCGAGAUGGUGGAAGAGGCGAUUGUGUCCAUGACAGCUGUCGCCUGGUACAUCAAUGACAUGAAACGCAAGCAGGAGCAUGCUGCGCGCCUCCAGGAAGUGCAGCGGCGGCUGGGCGGCUGGACCGGCCCGGAGCUCAGUGCCUUCGGGGAGCUGGUGCUGGAGGGCGCCUUCCGAGGCGGCGGUGGGGGCGGCCCCCGACUUCGAGGGGGCGAGCGGCUGCUCUUUCUCUUCUCCCGGAUGCUGCUCGUGGCCAAGCGCCGGGGACCGGAGUACACCUACAAGGGCCACAUCUUCUGCUGCAACCUGAGUGUGAGCGAGAGCCCUCGAGACCCUCUGGGGUUCAAGGUGUCCGAUCUGACCAUUCCCAAACACAGGCACCUGCUCCAGGCCAAGAACCAAGAAGAGAAGAGGCUGUGGAUUCACUGUCUCCAGCGCCUCUUCUUUGAGAACCACCCGGCCUCUAUCCCUGCCAAGGCGAAACAAGUUCUCCUUGAAAACAGCCUGCACUGUGCUCCUAAAAGUAAGCCUAUCCCAGAGCCCCUGACACCCCCGCUUGGGUCUCCCCGACCUCGAGAUGCUAGAAGUUUCACCCCUGGACGAAGGAACACAGCUCCGUCUCCAGGACCCUCUGCUACCCGCCGUGGCCGCAGACAGUCCGAGCCAAUGAAGGACCCGUACGUUAUGUUUCCACAGAACGCUCAGCCUAGACUCAAGCACGCUGGCAGUGAGGGGGAGCUAUACCCCACCUUAGAGCCUCAGCCACCAGUUCCAGCUUCCGGACCCCCUGAGGACCUGGAAGACACUGGACCCCCCACCCUGGAACCCUCUGGGACCUCGAUCACUGAAGAGAUCCUGGAGCUGCUGAACCAGAGAGGCCUCCGGGAUCCAGCGCCAUCGCCCCACGACAUCCCCAAGUUCCCUGGAGACUCCCAGGUGCCGGAGGGCAGUGACCCCCUCACAUUCCAAGCCCUGCCCAGCCGGGACUCUUCAGAAGAGGAGGAGGAGGAGGAGCUGGAAAUGGACGAACGGGGGCCUUCCCCACUCCAUGUCCUGGAGGGGCUCGAAAGUUCCAGCGCAGCUGAAAAUCCUGACGUUCCUGGCCUUACGAAAAGUCCAGAUACACCCAACCUCCCUGAAAUUCCCAGCCUGUCUGAAAUUCCCAAGAUUCCCCACCUUCCCAGUCUGUCAGACAUUUCCAGUGUUUUUGAAAUGCCCUGCCUUCCAGCCAUACCUAGUGUCCCUGACAUUCCUAGUCUUCCCAGCGCUCCCACCCUGCCCUGUGACUCAUGGCUCCAGGGACCUCUGCGGGGGCCCGAUGAGGCCCUGGCCACCAGGAGAGAACUGUUCCCUGGAAGCAGUUCCACAAAACUGGGAGAGCCGUCCUCAGGCGGCAGGGCGGGGCGGGAGGAGGCUGCGGAAGGGGAGUCGUUCCCAGACUUCCAGCCGCAGGAUGUCCCCCGAGAUCAGGGAUUCCCGGAUGAGCUGGAAUUCCGCUCCUGUUCGGAGAUCCGGAGCGCCUGGCAGGCCCUGGAGCAGGGGCAGCUGGCCCGGCCGGGUUUCCCGGAGCCACUGCUCAUCCUGGAAGAUUCGGAUCUGGGCGGAGGCAGCGGCGGGAGUGGGAAGGCAGGAGCCCCGAGUUCGAGUUCGGAGCGGGCGGCCUCCCGAGUGCGAGAGUUAGCCCGGCUUUACAGCGAGCGCAUCCAGCAGAUGCAGCGGGCUGAGACCCGGGCGUCGGCCAACGCCCCCCGCCGCCGGCCGCGCGCCCUGGCCCAACCGCAGCUGUCCCCCUGCCUGCCGCACGAGCAGGCUGAGCCAGGUGAGGUCCAGGUGUGUGUCCGCAGAGACGGCCCACGCGGAGACGGGAGUGCUGACUCGGUUCUUUCUGUGCACACAGGGCCCCUGCCUGCCUUUGGACAUGUGCUGGUGUGUGAGCUGGCCUUCCCGCUGACCUGUGCCCAGGAGUCUGUUCCUCUGGGUCCCGCCACCCGGGUUCAAGCCGCCACACCUUUGUCCAAGCAGGGAGGCUGCCUGGGGGGCGAGGGUCUAAACGUUUCAAAUUUGCCUGAGCAAGACCCUCUGAGCAUCCGGGUUCCAGCUGCGGCCCCGUUGCCUGAGCAGAGAGGCCUCUGGAAUAUACAGAGUGUGGCCGGAGCCGCCGCAGCCGUGCCGAAGCAGGAGGACGCCCCAGGUGUUCGUGUGCCGGCUACAGCUUUGCCUGCUCAGGAAGCCCCCCUGGAAAUCCAAGUUCCAGGCACCGCUCCUUUGGCUGAGGAUGGAGGCCAUGUGGACAUCCGGGAUCCAAGCAGCCCCGCUUUGCCCAGGCGGGGAUGCUGUUCCGAUGUUACGGUUGUAGCCACGGCCACUACGCCCAAGCAAGAAGGUCACCUGCGUGCCCAGACCCCGGCCGGUACCCCGCUAACUAAGCAAGGAGGUCCCCGGGAUGUUCAGUUCCCAGCCGGCAGCUGCGAUCAGGCCUUGAACACUUCGCUUACGCAUGGAGGGAACCAUCAGAUCCCAGGCAGCACCUCACUGCCCCUGCGACACGAGCUCCCGGACGUUCAGGCUCCAGGUGCCUCACCUGUGCCUGCAUGUGGAGGCCACCUAAGCCAUCACGUCCCAGCCGGUGCUCCACUGUCUUCACCCCAAGACUGCUCAGACGUUCAGGCUCCGGACCCCUCGCCUUUGCCUGCACACGGGAGCUGCCUAGACCAUCGGGUCCCAGCCAGCACACCGCUUUGUGUGCCCCACAACCCAGACGUCCCAGCUACCACACUUUUGCCCCAGCGACCAUGCCUCCCGGACACCCAAGUCCAGGCCCUCCCACCUUUGCCCGAGCAGGACAGCCUCCCAGACAGCCCCGGUCCAUCUGCUGCACCUUUGUUGGAGCAGAAGAGCCUCACAGAAGGGCACGGUCCAGCUGCAAUGCUUUCGCCCGAGCGAAGAGGCUCUCAGGACAUCCAGGGCCUGGUACCCACACCGGGCCAGAGCGCCGUGGUUAUGUCCAAACUGGGAGGCCACCUGGUCUCUCCUGUAGUCCGGUCAGAGACUUCAGAGUUGACCCCACCCCACAGUCCCGCUCCUCCAACCCGUCAGCUCCUGGGCCCCAAUGCAGCUGCCCUCUCAAGAUACCUGGCAGCCUCGUACAUCAGUCAGAGCCUGGCUCGGCGGCAAGGGCCUGGGGGGGACGCUCCCGCAGCCUCCCGGGGUCCCUGGUCCUCCUCUGCCCCCGCAUCGCGGGCACCUUCACCACCGCCCCAGCCCCAGCCCCCACCCCCCCCAGCCAGGAGGCUCAGCUAUGCCACCACGGUCAACAUCCACGUCGGGGGUGGUGGGCGGCUGCGGCCGGCCAAGGCCCAGGUCAGGUUGAACCACCCCACUCUCCUGGCGCCCCCCCAGGAAUCUGUGGGCCUUCGCGGGGCCCAGGGAACUCCUGAUGCCCCUUUCCACACAUGAGCCGGAUGCCGGGCUUCUUGAAAAGCAAGGACCUCAACCAGAUGCCACCGACCCUCAGAACUUCACCCUGAAGUCCAGACACUGAACACAGGUGUAAAGAUUGCUGCAGCUUUUCAACUCCUGGGAGCUGCUUUGGCAAAUGGUCCUUUUUACUUGCCUUGAUUAACUCAACAGGGAUGGGGAGGGGGAUAUCAUUAAUAUUUUGUUAAUAUUAUGAAGUUCUGUAUCUUUUCCCAUUCUGGAGGCAGUGGGGGAUGACAAGACAAUGAAUGCGAAGCUCUGACACAUCCGUGAAUCAGUGGUUCUGAAAACUGGAGGCAUCUCAAACAGUCUGAGAAUUAGAACCCUCCAUUACCA